AACGAAAUCGCCCAAAUCCGCGCUGCGGUCGCUGGUAUCAUGGACGACGAAAUCGAAGGAACGCCGCUGUCGUUGCUUCCACACCGCGACGAUGUCUCGUCCAAUUCAGACAGCAUGCAUACUCUCGAAGUCCGUGUGUUUGAGCUCGUGACGGAGUUAGUUCCAGACGCCUACGACCCAUACGGCCAAGAGGACCAACGGCCAAACGAACAAACAACGAUCCGCAACAUGAAUUGGCUGUCGGAGACCCUCGAGCAAGCUGAGGCCGUGUUUCGGCACUUUCCUGCGCCUCGAAGGGAUGGUCAGUUGAUCGGGCAUCUCUUGCGCAUCCUGGAUGACUUUGAGGACUUUUACUCGAUGCUCGAACGCAAGUUGCAAGCCGAGAGUGCCGAACGUGCCAACAACGACGAGAUGAAUGCCGCCGUCUGUCGACUUCUCCUGGCCACAGCACCUACCAACGCACGUUUUAUCAUUCGACUCUUGUACGACGAAGAUAUCUUGGACCGCAUCACGAGAUGGGCAAACACUGACGACGCUUCGACGAUGCAUCGGGUGCGGCUUCGAUGCUACGCGUGUGGGUUGCUCUCCGUCGCGUUACGCGAUCGCUCAGUUGCGGACUUGGUUGUGAACCACGACACAUUUUGCGUCAACUUGCUCAAGCGCGCACGAUUCUUUGCCAGUGCGUUGGAGCGUGAACACAACGCCGCUGCCGAGUACAUGCUGGAAGUACAAAGGCGAAGCAUUAGCUCGAAACACAAAAAGCAAACGAAUAGUGGGGCGAUCGUGUCGUCUACGAAGAAGCGGAAGCUGUCCAUGGACGACAAGAAGGAGCCGCCGUCCGCAUCGCAGCCCGGCAAAGCGCCUUCCAAUACGUCCACCACCACGAAUUCCGACGCGGCAUCCCUUGCACCACAGCUAGACACAGAAGCGCCCAAAGAUGAUGAAACGAUCGCCGCGCGUCUUGCCGACCUGAUCGACGUCCCGAUCGAAGACACCCCGCGCCCCAACCACGACCAAGGGCUUCUCGAGAUCGCCCUGCUGGACCUGCUCUACGCUGUCGAGUGCAUAGGGUUGAUGGGAGAGUACCUGGAGCUGCUCGCGUCGGCCCUGAAGGACGAUAUCGUGGGCACGAGCAUCACGCUGUUGCACACGACCCACACGAGCGUGUGGUCGGCCACACUCAAGUUGAUUUCGCACUUUCUUGCGCACAAAAAGUUUGCGUUUUCAUUUUUGGACGCCGGUGGCCUCGAACUUGUCUUGUCGGCGCAUGCGACGCCGCUGCGCUUUGCCCUGCUCCAUCGAUCGCUCAGCAUGUGCUUGCACGGCUUUGCUUCGUCCAGCGUCGUCACCGAGAUCAUCCUGACGCGGGAAAGCACGCGCUCACCGCUCCUGGCCAUGGCGAUGGCGCUACUCUCGAGCCCGCAUGACCGCGCCCGUCAAAAUGCAGUCGUAUUUUACGGCCUCGUCGUUCCUUUUCGAUCGGCCCUCGAAUACUUUGAAACCCAUGACGGCUUGUAUACCCUGUUCAACUUGAUUCGCGCCGGGAAUACGCCGAAGACCGCCGUCCAGCGUCAGCUAGCGCACGACGCGUGCCUGUGUCUGCGGCAAUACGUUCGCGUGCACUUUGGAAUGUUGGCACAGGGCCUUCGACGCAAAAUGGACUCAACGGGCUCGCGGUCGUCGCAGCCAAAACAAAGCGCCGGGAAGCCCGUCGACAUCGACGACAAAGCGCAUGAGCAACACUUGGCACUCUUUGAACUCCACCGCCCGCCGCCGAAAGAUUUGAAGUGGCAGACACAGUUUAGCCACUUGCGCGGGCCUCUCGUCCUCCUCGAAGUGCUCGAUGUCUUCCAUGCCCACUCCGUGGCGACUGACCCGUCCAGCGAACCGACGUCAUACCGUCUUUGGUUAGUUGAGCGCGCGCUGUUUAGCCUACAAAUUCUCCGCGUGCUCACGCUUGCAUACCCGCCGAUGGCGCUCGAGAUCUGCCAGACGGCGCUCCAAGACUCGCAGCGUGCUGGGCUCACUAUCUUGCUCGACUGUGCCAUGACUGGUCAUCCCCGCGACGGUGACAUCGUCAAGGGUGCCAUUCAAGUCUUUUGUAAUUGCGUGUUGGACCACAAACCACCGCCCAAAGCCAAGGACGACAGAGCGACGGUUCACCCGUCGCUCCGAUCUAUCCUGAAGCUCGCCCGCGAAAAGAACGCGAUCAAAGUGUGCUUACAGCUGCUUCGGUACAAGCGAUCCCUCCAGCAAGCCGACGCGAUUCGAUUGCUGGCGACGCAGGCGCUACUCGGUCUGUCGAAAGACCGCCAUGUGACGCAAAUCCUCGAGCAGAUGCAAAUCGGUCAGCUUCUCUCCGACUUGAUUCGCGCCGAGCCCGUGCUGGAGGAAAACGCCGAUGUGCAGGCGAAAUUUCGAGUCUGCGCGCUGGACCUUAUCUCACACGUGACCCACCGCGCGCCGAGUGCCACGAUCCAUGAAGCAACCGAUCCGACCGUUCGCAAGAUCGAAAAAGCCAACAUUGUCGCCGCCACACGGAUCACAUACAACCCGACGGAACUUCUCGUCAUGAUCCACGAACAUUUGAAAGCGAACGGAUUGCAUCAUGCUGCCGAUGCGCUCGAGCGUGAAGCGGCGCUAAAGCUCCCUGCGUCGUGCCCCAGCCCGCAAAAGAUUUCCAAGAAAGCCAAGUCGAUUCACGCUGACGCUGACCAACCGCCGUCUAAAAAAGCCAAGGUCCAUGCCGCGCCCAAGCUCCUGUCGUUCACCCAACGCCGCCAGCAGAUUCUGAACUCGUGGAAACACAAGCCGAGCUACUUUGACGCAGUCGAAGCAGCGACCACCACACAUCUUAACGCAGUGCUCUCGCCCAAAAGGUCGACCUGCGUGUCCAAAAAAGUUGCUCCAAAGCCGACGUGGCUGGACACGGUGGUCCGGCAGCAUUUACGGGAACAGCAUCGGCUGUGUCCGCACCCAGUCUCGGUUGUCCCGCCGUUUUCUCUGACUUCUUCCAAGUCCCAUCGCUGUCCCGAUGUGUCGGUCCCGCCCUUGUAUGCCAACGUGUGCAGUCGCCUCUCGACACGCGGCGCUGUAGGCCACGGCCCCGACAUGAACUUCAAUCGAUUUGUGUCGAGCCGCCACCGUCCGUUUCAAAUCAUGGGCCAUCCCCAUGGACAAGCCCAAGGCGGCCUGACCGCUGCCCGCUUCAUGACGUCUCGACACAUUCUCCUUGGCACGGACCACGGCGAAGUUCUUCAAAUGCACUUGGACCAUGACGAAAUUGUCGGGUAUUGGAACUGCCAUGCGAAUGCAGGCGCUCUCACCGACAUAUCCACGAAUGAGCACACUCGCGCCCGGACACUCCAUCCACUCUUGCUCACGGGCACGACUCGGUAUGGAGCGCCUCGCGCAGACGUUAUUUUGCCAACUGCAUCUCUCACGAUUUGAAUUGCAGCAUGGCCAACUACGUUCAAUCGAAAGUCGGGCUGUGGAACUUGGGCUCGAUGGACGAAGCGAGGUGGACGUUGUCGUCGGUGCGAAGUCCUCGAUUCAACCAUGGCGGCGACCGCAUCGUGGCGCUGGCGUGCCACGAUGGCGAUUCGCUCGAGUCGGACGUCGUGCGUGGCACUGCCAUUUACGACGUCGAGACCGGAACACUCUUGUCGCAUUUGGCGGAUGCGUCGCGAGGGGAGCCAGGUCACACGUACGGGGACAGCUCCAACUGCUCGUUCUCUCCGUGUGAUGCGACGGUGCUGUCGGACGGACUGCUCUGGGACGUGCGGUCAUCCGCGCUUCUGCACAAAUUCGACAAACUGUCCAACUUUGGCUAUGGGUUUUACAACCCGAGCGGAAACGAAGUCAUCAUCAACUCGGCCGUGUGGGACCUCCGCACGUUCAAGUUGCUUCGAGUCGUGCCGGCGCUUGAAUCGAGCAAGAUCCAAUUUUGUUCCUCGCGCCCAAUGAUGUAUGUGUAUUCGCCGUUUGAGCCGCUGGCCCCAGCAGUACGUCGCCACUGCGUUUGUUGCACAAAGCGUGUGACGGCUGCGUGUGGGUAGAAGGAGCCAUCCAAGAAAGCCGCCAAGAACCGAACGUGGUUGCGCGUGAUGGACACGAGAGAUUACAAGGACGUGUCGACGGUCGACAUUGAGCGGCCCAUCUACGACGUAUGCUUGAAUGCGCAAGAAACGGCACUGGGGGUACGUGUGCCGUUCCCGAUCGAGGGUUCCAUCAGUGCGACCCAAGGCUCGACGUAGAUUGUCGAAGGACGGUAUUUGGACUCGGUGUACGGCCAGGACGACCCUGUGUGUCGACUGUACGAGGUGCGAAGUCGACUUGAAUUGUCGUGUUGAUUGAUUGCGUUGAUGGACGACAGAUUGGUCGAGACAAGCCCAACGAAUGCGACUCGGACCUGGAAAACACGCUCGACGACGGCGAGUCGGAAUCGAUGGUACGUCGAUGGAUCGACGUCCGAGAUGCACUGCGCGACUGACGGGGGGACGCAGGACGAAGAGGAAUUUGGCGAGUCGGCGUCGAGUGGAUCGGACGACUUUAGCUCGAGUGGCAGCGCAGGCGAUGACUCGGAAGACGACUUUGACACGGAUACGGACUUUGACGCGAUGGACGACGAAGCAGACGCCGGCCACUUGGUUGUCCAGUGGGCCAACUUGUACGACAACGAAGACGAAGGCGGCGACGAUGCCGAGUGACAGUCUGCGCACGGAUGUAGAAGCGUUGGCCGGUUCUUGGAAACAAAAGUUGGACUUGAAAAUUGGAGUCGACUCUCCACAACGACCGGAAUCCAGCAAGUUAUUCGCGGCGUCGUUUUGGGGGCUCGUUGGUCGGGGCACACCGUCCAACACGCACAUGUCUCGCCGACAUCUUUCAAAGUUUCGUGCUCGGCAGCGCAACGGGUGCAGGUGGCACGCAGCCUUGUCGAGGCGCGACAGGCAACAAAGAUUUCAUCUCUCGCAAAAAAAUCGCCCAGGUUCCUCCUUUCGUUGCCAAAGGGAUCAUCUCCCCCAGGCAGGUGCAAACGUCUCUGUACAAUCACAGGGACAGCUCUUGGUCAAGUAGUGGUUCCAGGAAUAUCACGCCCGCCCCCAGCACGGUUGAAGGUAUGGACAUGUGCGCCACACCGUCCAGCAAUGCGAGCGCUGCACCACGACACUCAGUAGGACGACCCAACCAAGGGAGCUACACUCACCCCACGCAUGUUCGCUCGUGUCUCCAUCGCGU